AAAAACGUAUAUAAUAGAACUGUCUAAGAAAAGUAAACUUUGAUAAAUCUCUGAAUACACAGGCCUGUGAUUGGUAAUACAUGUAAUCAUUUAACUUUUUGAUUUCAUUCAUUUUAGGCAAGUAUCAGGAAUAUCCAGAAGUCGACAGAAGUAUUAUUUACAGUUUACUGUUUUGUGACAACUACACUGCUACUGUAAAUAGGGAGGCGUUCAAGUCAAUAUUGAUAAAGAUACGAGAAAGGUAUUACCAAAGGAUUUCUCCCUCUGAUGAAGUUGUUGUGACAUCCCUUCAAGAUGAUGUUAAGGAAACCCAGAAUGGUGAGGUAACGUUUGUAUCAGACGACAUCCGACAUGACGUCAUGUAUGCCUUUGUUACGGAGUGUCUGGUGAAGGACGGUGAUCUGGAGUUUUUCCUGACCACGGCGUCACGUGACGUGAUAUCAGAAUACUGCCGGUCCUGGGGGUAUAAGAGGAGUGAGGGAGAGAGAUGUCUUUAUGUACCGUACAAACCGGAGAAGAUGUGCCACCUCUUCAUAGGCAGUCUACAGCUGGACAUCAUCACACACUGUACCAUGUCUGACGGGAGGAUUCAUAGAAAGAUCAGUAAACGUUUUGGAGUCCCUGGAGAAGUACUACAGUGGGACCAGGAGGCCAGAGAGCGGUAUGUGGAGUACGCUAAGAGAGGAACACAGACAGUCCACCACGCCCGGGGGAUGAUUGUAGGAUGUGCUGGGGCGGGGAAAACCACGCUACUUAAACGUCUUCUCGGGUGUAGUGAAGAAGAGAUUAAUGAAGUAAAAUCUACUGAAGGAUUGGAAGUGCAUGAGGAAAUAUUUGAAAUAUGUGAUGAAACAAGAUCAUUGAAAGCAAGGAAAAGUCAGGAGAAUUGUGAGACAGAAAAUACUACAAUUGUUGACCCUAAGACUCUGACAUUCUUUGACUUCGGGGGCCAGUGUGCGUACUACGCCUGUCACCAGAUUUACCUGACCAGGAGAGCUUUCUAUGUCGUGGUGGUGGACGCCUCUAAACGUCUUGACCAGAAGGUGGAUAAGAAAGUGUGCGAUCAAGAUGGAAGUGUAUUCUCCGGAUGGACCUAUGGAGACUACUUUGUGUUCUGGAUAAAAUCUAUACAUACCUACUGUGGUUCUGACAACGAAAAAGAUACAAAUCCUGUAGUUCUAAUUGUUGCAACACAUUGGGAAGGAAGCAGACAUUUUAGGGAUAAAAAGGAACUGAAUGAGAGCUUGCGCCAACAGUUUCCCGAGACAUCAUAUUUACCACAGUACAUCACAGACGAAAACGUGUAUUGUACCGACAUUACUUUACCUCUCCAUGAUUUAAAAACGUGCUUUUUCAACAUAGCCUCCAAUAAACGAUGGAGCGAGAAUAUUCCAAAAGAAUGGUUCUUCUUUGGAUUAGAAAUCAACCAGAAAAAACACUCAAAGCGGAUCCUGAAGAUUUCAGAAAUAACAACGAAAGUACCGAAGAUUACGGCUAAAGAAAAGGAGGAUUCAGAUCAAGCUGAAAGGGGAACACAAGAUAUGCUGCGUUAUUAUCAUGAUGCCGGAAAAGCUUUAUAUUUUAAUGAAAAUGGUCUGGAAAAAGAAGUGAUUAUUGACGUCCAAUGGUUUGUUGACGCCUUCAAACAUAUAAUAACAGACAAGUUACAUAUCAAAGGUAUCCAUAUGACCAAAGGUGACUGGAAUGAAUAUUACCAAACAGGAAAUUUGCGAGUUCGACUUCUUGAAGAGAUUUGGAAACAUAAAGAUGAAGAGCUGUUUAACAAGGUUAAAAAAGGUAACGAAAUCUACAGUUUUAGUGCCAUGUUUACUGAGGGAAAGGAACGAUAUCUUCAGUAUCAUAAGAAAUCACUUCUCAGUUUUAUGCAAAGGCUUGGUUUGGUAGCCAUUGGUAAAGAAUCCUACUACGUUCCGUGCAUGAAUCGUAAAGAAAUUGAAAAAGAACUUUUCGAUCUCAUAAACAAAUCGAAAAGUAAAUCAUCUGUGCUUGUUUACCAAUUUGAAUUUCUGCCUUUUUUCUUGUUUUUCCGUCUUAUUGUUGCGUGUAUGCGAAUAAAGAAUUGGGAAGUACUCGAAAAUAAUCGUACAUCUUGUCUCUACAGAAACGCUGCUUUGUUUUCGUAUAGUGAGUACAAUAUCGUUUUAUCUGUCACUAAAGAUUCUAUACAACUCCAAGUAUUUCAUCCGAUGGAAGGGUAUGAUUUGGAAAAAGCGCAAACAUGCAGAAUUCAAGGAAGGAUAGAAGAGAUGCUAAUUGAUUUAGCAGGGACAUUUAACAGAAAAAUACAGUUUGAGAGAGGCUUUAGAUGUCAAACGGAGAAUGUAGAAACAAUUGCAAUGGAUAUCGAGAAUCAUUUUUUAUCGGAAAAAAGGAUUCCGAAAAAAGGUCGCAAAAUGAUGUGCCCUUUGCAUUCAGUCACUAAUCGGCAUAUCAUCGAUCCCACUGAAUUGACGAGAUAUUGGGAAAUAAAGAGGGAAACGAUUGGUGGAGACGGAAAAUAAUUUUGUACAUGUACAUGUUGAAUUGUUGUAUUGCU